AGUGUCAAUAAAGCCCUAGCCCUAUAUUUUUCAUAAAUUAUUUAUCAUAUUAUAGUCUUAAUUCUUAUGUAACUAGGGUAAUUUAUUCUUAUAUUCUGUGUGCUGUCAGCUGCUCACAAUAACCUUUCGUCAUUGCGAGCGAGUAAGCCUAAUUAGUUGAUAAAAAGUAUAGCAGCAACAGUGAACGGCAUGGCGAAGGAAGAAGACGAUGAUUUGCCCGACAAGGAUGCGGCGAAGGAGUUCUACGCAAAAUAUGAACCCAAGGAAAUCAUAGGCAGGGGCAUCAGCUCAACCGUCCGAAGAUGCGUAGAGAAGGAGACAGGCCGGGAGUAUGCUGCCAAGAUCAUAGAUCUUAGUCAGGAGUCCACGGACGGAGUAGAUACACACACCAUGAGAGAUGCCACCAAGCAGGAGAUACAUAUCCUGCGGAUGGUAGCCGGACACCCUUAUAUUAUUGAAUUACAAGACGUGUUUGAAUCGGAAACAUUCAUAUUCUUAGUAUUUGAACUGUGCAAGAAUGGGGAGCUGUUCGACUAUCUCACUUCAGUGGUGACACUCUCCGAGAAGAAAACUAGAUAUAUCAUGAGACAAGUCCUAGAGGGCGUGCGAUACAUACACAGCAAGAACAUAGUCCAUCGAGACCUGAAACCCGAAAACAUCUUAUUGGACGACCAGCUGAACGUCAAAAUCACAGAUUUCGGCUUCGCUAAAGUUCUUAAAGAGGGAGAUAAGUUGUUCGAGCUGUGCGGCACGCCGGGCUACCUUGCGCCGGAGACGCUGAAGACGAACAUGUUCGAGGACGCGCCCGGGUACGGCAUGGAGGUCGACAUUUGGGCAUGCGGAGUUAUAAUGUUCACAUUAUUGGUGGGCUGCCCGCCGUUCUGGCACCGGAAGCAGAUGGUGAUGCUGCGGAACAUCAUGGAGGGGAAGUACUCCUUCACGAGCCCCGAGUGGGCUGAUAUAUCAGAUGACCCAAAGGACCUUAUCCGGAGGCUAUUAGUAGUAGAGCCCAGCCAAAGGCUGCACAUCGAAGACGCCCUUAGCCAUUCCUUCUUCAACACAGUGCUCUGGGACCAGGACAUGACACCGCUCAAGAGGUCUCUCUCGAGCACCAGCCGCAAGAUGUCCAGGAUCGAACUCAUCACCAUGGCGAAAAUGCAGGGCAGCUUCAACGCGCGAGCCAAACUACGUAUGGGUCUGAUGGCGGUCCGCGCAGCCAUACGCCUGAAAAGGCUGCCACACACCGCUGCCCGCGCUGUCUCGUUACACGCGGCGCUAGGAGACCCUUACACCAUGCGCGCGUUGAGGAAGGUGAUAGACGGCUGUGCCUUCCGAGUGUACGGGCACUGGGUUAAGAAGGGCGAGGGCCAGAACCGAGCCGCGCUGUUCGAGAACAUGCCCAAGACCGAGCUCAAGAGUCUAUACGUCAGCAACCUCAGCCGAUAGCGAAAGCUGCAGUGCUGACAGGAUUUAUAAACAUACCCGGGGUAAAAGGAUCACUCACUUCCCGCCGAUCCGCAGGCCGGGCAAGUCGCACGACGUAGUACGCUGCACAUAGUAGGUAUGCUGCCCACACAGGAUAAACUACCCUAUUAUCGGCUCCACCUAUGAUUGGCACUUUUAUAACCUUAUUCUAACAUGCGCACUGCGGUACGGGGUCCAUUCGACCCCGUACAUGUAUCAUAUGAGUUAAGCUCCUUAAAGGAUGUGUUAAGGUAAGGCUUUCCUUUCCUACAAAAAUGGGUUGCAAUAAAAAGUAGGUACUUGUGCCAUUCAUCGGGUAGUUUACCCUACCCUAGUUCAAUUGUAUCGCCGUAUUAUUCAGAACUAGUUAAAUGUAGGAUUUUAAUUGAGAUUUGUUAAUCUUAACUUGUCUUAUUUGAUUGUAGUUCACAUUAUUUCAUUUGUAUAAUAAAACGCUCACCCAGUUUAAAUAUCUAAGACAGAGAAAGGAGUACUAAAACGCUUAAAGUAGUACAAAAUAUUGUAGUCGCAGUUUUACAAAGUAUUCAGGAUCAAAUAGAUUGACGGCAAAAGUGGCCAAAUAUAUCGUAACCUUUGUUUACUAUAGAAAUAGGAAUGUGUUACGAUAUACACGGUGGCUAAAAAAUAAGUGCAUUUCCGUUGCCAGGGAGGUUUUAGGAUUAUACCGAGCCACUUUUACUAUGGGACCAACCCCGAAAUCGCGUAAAAAAAAUUUGCCGUUUCAUACAUUUUGGCUGGUCCAUAUUCUAUGGGUAAAUUCUUUUGCGAUUUCGUGGUUGGUACCAUAAUAAAAGUUCCUCAGUAUAAGCCCAAAACCUCCCUGGCAACGGGAAUGCACAUAUUUUUUAGCCACCGUGUAUUUGGCCACUUUGGCCGUCAACAUGUAUUGGAUGCUGACUGUACAUAAUGCGGUAAAUAUAUUGUUAUUGAUUAACGUAUGACAAUCCAGGUAAAGCCAUCUUUUCAGCUGGCAUAACUGCAGCUACAUUAUUUUGCACGACGCGACGCGUACUUAGUAUUCCUUCGUCUAAGAUGAUCAAAGAUUUUAAAUAGUUUAGUUUAGACUGUAGGUUGAACGUUGUUUCUCACUAUAUAUAAGGUUCACAAAUACAUGUACCUACCUAGAAAUAAUUUAGUAUUAUCGUCUAAUCAUUUCCCUUUGAUUAGUCAUAAGUUUAUUUAAUGUUUUGUGUGUAAUUAUGUAACUGUUAAUAGUUAGUUCUUGCCAUUGGCAUUGCGUUAUAUAAUUUUAAAUUAGGUAUCUGAGAUUACCUAAAUAUAAUAUUAUGCGUGCAAAAAAGAGUAUGGCAAUACGCCAGUCACGGUUUUAAAAUACAUUUAUGUAAUAUAACAUUUAAAACUUUCGCGGUUUGAACACAUAUUAAAUCACAUUUACAAACGGGUCUAUCG